GGUUUUGUGAGAGGUGGGAAAGACGAUAAAGUGGGAGAGCAAACGAGCGAGCGAGAGAGAAAGAGGGAGCAGAACGAGAGGGGAGACAUGGCGACCAUCUAUGCCGGCGCUUCCAGUGGUCUCUCCAAGACCCGUCUCCCAACUACCACCACCUCACGCCCUCAGCUGCACCAGCUCAAUGCCUUCCACCUCCGACGCCCCUCCAUCUCCUUCAGUCCUGCUUCAUUCUCAGAGUCCCACAGGUUCGCUCCACUUCCAAUCCGAGCAUCAUCUUCAGAUGAGGCGGCAAGUUCUGUUCAAGCAGAAGAGCUCUUCUCUGACUUAAAGGAGAAGUGGGAUGGACUUGAAAACAAGUCAACGAUAUUCAUUUAUGGAGGAGGUGCAAUACUGGCUGUUUGGCUGUCAUCUGUACUUGUUGGAGCAAUCAACUCCGUUCCUUUGCUUCCUAAGAUCAUGGAACUUGUGGGGCUAGGAUAUACGGGAUGGUUUGUCUACCGAUAUCUGUUGUUCAAGUCUAGCAGGAAAGAAUUGGCUUCGGACAUUGAAGAGCUGAAGAAGAAGAUUGCUGGUUCAGAAUAAGCACCAACAAGGGGCAGAUUUUCAACUUUUGCAUUGUUGUAUCUAGCCUGUAUAACAUUGUUUCAAAUAAAUUUCAUAUUUUCUGCAUAAUAUAUAAUACCA